UCAGGAGCGGCGGGAGAGGGAGCGGGAGGAGCUGGAGAUGCUGCCAACCCUCCCCGGGCUGCGCUCGCUCUGCCGCCGCCGCCGCACGGAGCAGCCGCGCCGGGGGCCCAGUGCGCCGCGCUCACAGCCGGUAGCGCCGGGGGCGCUCGCUCGGGGGCCGCGCAGCCCGAGACCGGACCGCGGAGAGGGAAACGGGGCGAGGGCGGCGCCCAGGCGCCCCGGGCGUGCACAGGCAGGAUGAGCAUCGAGAUCCCCGCGGGGCUCACGGAGCUGCUGCAGGGCUUCACGGUGGAGGUGCUAAGGCACCAACCCGCCGACCUGCUGGAGUUCGCGCUGCAGCACUUCACGCGGUUGCAGCAGGAGAACGAGCGCAAGGGCGCCGCACGCUUCGGCCAUGAGGGCAGGACCUGGGGGGACGCGGGCGCCGCCGUCGGGGGCGGCACCCCCAGUAAGGGGGUCAACUUCGCCGAGGAGCCCAUGCGCUCCGACUCCGAGAACGGCGAAGAGGAGGAGGAGGCCGCGGAAGCAGGGGCGUUCAACGCUCCAGUUAUAAACCGGUUCACAAGGCGCGCCUCGGUUUGUGCAGAAGCUUAUAAUCCUGAUGAAGAAGAGGAUGAUGCAGAGUCCAGGAUAAUACAUCCCAAAACUGAUGAUCAGAGAAACAGAUUGCAAGAGGCUUGCAAAGAUAUCCUGCUGUUCAAGAACCUGGAUCCAGAGCAGAUGUCUCAAGUGUUAGAUGCCAUGUUUGAAAAACUGGUCAAAGAAGGGGAGCAUGUAAUCGAUCAAGGUGAUGAUGGUGACAACUUUUACGUCAUUGAUAGAGGAACAUUUGAUAUCUAUGUAAAAUGUGACGGUGUUGGAAGAUGUGUCGGUAACUACGACAACCGUGGGAGUUUUGGAGAACUGGCCUUAAUGUACAAUACACCCAGAGCGGCUACAAUCACAGCUACCUCUCCUGGUGCUCUGUGGGGUUUGGACAGGGUAACCUUCAGGAGAAUAAUUGUAAAAAACAAUGCCAAAAAGAGAAAGAUGUAUGAAAGCUUUAUUGAGUCGCUGCCAUUCCUCAAGUCCCUGGAGGUUUCUGAACGCCUGAAGGUGGUGGAUGUGAUCGGCACCAAAGUUUACAGCGACGGAGAACAGAUCAUCGCUCAGGGGGAUUUGGCAGAUUCUUUUUUCAUUGUAGAAUCUGGAGAAGUGAAAAUUACUAUGAAAAGAAAGGGCAAAUCAGAAGUGGAGGAGAACGGUGCUGUGGAAAUCGCUCGGUGUUUUCGGGGACAGUACUUUGGAGAGCUGGCCCUGGUCACUAACAAGCCAAGAGCGGCGUCUGCACAUGCAAUCGGGACUGUCAAAUGUUUAGCCAUGGAUGUGCAAGCAUUUGAAAGGCUUUUGGGACCUUGCAUGGAAAUUAUGAAAAGGAACAUCGCCACCUAUGAAGAACAAUUAGUUGCACUGUUCGGAACAAACAUGGAUAUUGUUGAGCCCACUGCAUGAAGCAGAAGUACGGAGCGGAAAGAGCAUUAGUGAAACAGUUACGCUGUAGUGGUUAGUCCACUGAGAAUGUGUUUGUGUACAUGCCAAGCAUUUUGUGAUUUUGGAUUUUCCUUUUUUAAACAAAAAAACAUUUACAAUGUAUCAGUAAACAGUAGUGAUUUAAUAGUCAGUAGGCUUUAACAUCACUUUCUAAUGGGUAGUUCAUUAAAAAAAAUCAACAUAUUCAUAAAAGACUUUUUAUUCCAUAAAAUUAUUUGAAAGUUUUAUUCAAAUGGUUAUAAUAUAUUGAAAGCGUACAUGUUUAAUAAGAUAAUUAAAAGAUGUAAUCAUAGGCCAAUCUGUGUGUUUGAUUUAUUCAAGUAUCAAAUUAGUGACUCUCCCAUUGAAGAGGGAAGUUGGUAAUGACUCACGUGACUUAACAUGACAUCACAUUCUUAGAAUCCAUCAUCCAGUAAAUGUCAGUCAUUUCAUUUUCUAGUUUUUCUGGCUUGAUAAGUUAUGUGUUAGCCUUGGCCUACUGGUGAAAUGGUAUAAAACGUCAUAUGCAAUUUAAAAAUUUUUUAUAUUUUUGCAAUAAAGUACGUUUUGACUUCUUUGACAAAUGUCGGUGAGUAGCCUACGUAACUGCGUGGCUUUUGAGACUUGACAACUUAGAUAUGAUAAUUGGGCAGAGAGUCUUUUAAGAUGAAAGAUCAUAAAUGAAGUUUUCUUUUUUUUUUUUUUCUUCCGCAAGACAUUUCUUUGGCUGUCCUGGAACUCACCCUAUAGGCCAGGCUGGCUUCAAACUAGAGAGAUCCGGCUGCCUCUGCCUCUUGAGUAAUGGAAUUAAAGGCGUGUGCCACCACUGCUCAGCCCAUAAACACAUUUCUCAUCAUCAAAUAUAUGGUGUCACUGCUUCCUUUUUGAUUUUUGCAACUCCUGUAUUCUUUAUAAAUUGCAUUUGGACAUUUAACGUGACAAAGAUUUUUUUUUAAGCUAUUUAAACUUAAUCGAACAUUUUUUUGUCCUCUUAAUGUUCCAAAUCUUAUGUUUUGAAAAAGGGAAACUUUCCUAUGAAAAAUCGUUUGGGAUUCUUAUCCACAUACCCACAGGAUAUUUCUUUGCUCUUUAUGGUCUGCAUACUACAGCCCGGUGCCCAUGUCUGUGCCCAUGUUUUUUUGCUUUUUAAUUCCUUGUCAUAAUCGCUAACCGGCAAGCUCAUUGAUCAGCAGCCAAUCAAGUGUAUUUUGUCUUUUCCAAUCCUUAAAAACUCUACUACAGUGGUGGAAAUAAGUUUGUAUAUAAGCAAAGCCAUACAUAAUGAGUAAUGGAAUUUCUGUCUGUACUACGUAUCAUUAGGCCUUGUCCUUAGCUUUAAAGUCAACUCAGAGUAAAAAGUACACAAAGUACAAAAUUUUACUAGGUUUUCUUUGGUCACUUAUAUGCUUAUUUUUAUGCCAGAUAUGAUGAAUUGUUAUAAACAACCAAAGCAAUAUACUUUUACACGACUUUCAGGCCCGAUGACCAAAUGUCUAGAGACAUUAGUUCUCACCAGUUGUUGUUCACCUUCAAAUGGGUAAUUUCACUUUGGGAAACAUGUUCUAAAGAACAGAGGUAUCUAUAGAUGUGAAAUUCAUCUAUGGCUGUCAUGAUCUUAUAAGGGAAUGUUUAUAGUCCACAUACAUGUACAUGAAAACAUGGCUAGAAUGUUAAUUGGAUAAUGCAUAAACAAAUUAAAGUAUGUAAACUAUAGCUUUAGUCAUGUUUUAAAAUACUACUAUUUUUGCAAAAUCUGUAGGAGAAAGAGCUCUCUACAUGAAGGUAACAUGUUUUCAAAAGCCAUGUAUUAAAGAAGGAAAAAUUCCAAAAACAGAAAAACAAGAAAAACACCACCCGAAUUCCCGGUUCAUCAUUCUGUGUUCCUUAUUCCCUUUUCCAAGUUCUCUUUUGUUGCAUUGCAUAAGCUGAUUGUUAGCGUUCAUGGAACAGUAAAUGAAUGCCUGUCGAAUGAAGAACUCCAACCAAGGCUAUAAAUGCCAGUUACGUCAUUUUCAGUAUUGUUGGUUAUAUUUAAAAUUUCCUUAUAAUAAAGCACACUUUUAUAAUAAAUGUUUUAAGCAUUGUUUUCUUUUUUAUGGUUUGUCCAGUGUAUAAAUGUAACAAAAGUCAUGAGAUAUGUUCCAUGGAAGUUAUAACCCCAUAGCAUACAGCAGUAAGAAAGUACGGUUUUGCAUGACUGUAGGUCUUUGUAAGCUUUUUAACUAUUGGUUAAAUUUUAACUCUUGUGAUAUGUCGCUCAUUAUUUUGGUCAUUUAGAAUAACCAACUAAAUAUUGACUAGGGAAUUUAUGUGUAAAACUUUCUAAUUAAAACAGCUCAAGUUUGGC